AUGUCUUGUCGAGUAUCGUACACAUGGCACCACGAUUUUCCCAAGUUGGCGAAAGAAGCUGGCUUCUGUUUUAACGAUCCUUCGCUACCGGGAAAAUUUGAUUGGGCAUCUAUAGGCAGUGUAGAUGUGGAUCGAAUUUAUAGAGAAAGAGAUUUUGCAAGUCUUGAAUAUUCUCUUCAAUAUAUUUUGGAUGGCCCCAUAGGAAGUCUCCUGGAAUCUCGAGCAUUAGACGCAGCAGUUAGUAAGCUCUUCCGAGUGUCUCAGUUAGCAAUUCAGUAUUUAUUGUUUUGCAAACAAUUUCUGGACAGAAGUGUUACUGUAAUGAGGGCAACCAUAAAAGAGCAACAGAAGGAAAUUACUAAUCUAAAGAAGAAUAUAAAAUCCAAAGAUGACCAAAUACAAAAAUUACGUCAAAAGAAAAUAGAGAAAGAUUUUGCUCUAGAAUCUGGAAGAAGUUUACCUAUAAUUCACUCCCAUGGUUUGGAUCCAUCUUGCCAUGUUUGUGGAAAAACAUUUCUAAACAUUGUCUACCUCCAGGCUCAUUUGCAGAGACGUCAUAAAGAUGAGCAACCAGAACGAGAUAGUGGUCCAGUUGUGCAUCAAAAUCAGUUAGAUAUCAAGUCCAUGCAAAACAUUACAACAAAUGGUCAAACAAAUGUUGCAUCAGGUGAAAUGCCACCAUUGGCCUCUUCUUCUGCAGUGGUUAUUCCUGAUUCUCAACAUAUAGAUAUUGUAAAAUUGCAACUCGAGAUUAAACAACUAAAGGAACGACUGGCUAAUGCAGAGAAAACUCUGAUUGCGAGUGAAGAAAUAGAUUUAUGUAAAAGAACAAGUGAUAGGAAAUUUCAAGACGCGAGUGUAAACACUGAUCAGCCAGUUGUAGACAAUAAUAUAUUAGGCGAAGAUAAAUACGAACUAGAAAUAAAAGAUCUUAAGGAGCAAUUUCUAAGAAGUAUAGAAAGUCUAAAAGACAGGACAUCGUGGAUGGAAAUUAAUAGAAAAAUAGAAGAUCAAGAAAACCUUUGGAAAAAUCGAUGUGAUGCUUUAGAAAAUAAAUUUGAUCAAGAUACCAAACAUCUUAUGCAAAUCUUGAAAAGGUUUACAUUAGCAUCAUUGAAUGAGAUGGGCUUUAAUAAAAACCACGAAAAGCCUGAUAAAAUAUCUCAAAUCUCUUCAAAAAAAGAUACGCGUACUCCUAAUAUUAAAGAAAAAGAAAAUAAUAAUUUAAAUAAAAUCGUAGUAGAAGCUGAUAUUCAUGACAGAGAUGAAAAUGAGGGAUUAGUAGAAGAAAUAACCAACAACCAAGAACAAUCCUUGCAUGAUGAAUUUCUGAAAACUAAGCCUUCUACUUCAAAUAUACAAUAUAGAUCGCUUUCAAGUUUGCGGGAAGCUCUGUUUGAAAAUCCAGAAGAGUUAAAAAUGUACAGAGAUUCUUUGAUUGGAGAUUUGGAACAAAGACUAUGGAAAUUAAAUGUUGAUCCAUCUUCUAAUGAAAUGUUAGAUGGGGAUUAUCAGAAAUGUAUGAAUAUUAUCGUUCAUGAAAGAAAGUUGAAGAGUAAACAAUUUACGAAACGUGGCGUAAACUUGGAAGAAGUUUACCAACAGUUAGAAGAAAGAAUUGAUGAUGAAGUAGAAAACGCGGCUUCCCAAAGAGAUGUUAGAACUAACGUUCAGAAAAGUUGGAUCACAGAAUAUUCCUGGUUCCGUGACGAUGAAAAUCGUCGGUCUUCCAUUUCUCCGAAAACGGGCAGAGUCAGGUCGGCCCUGAGUGCAUUCAAAACGAAAUCCAUGGAAAUUCUUCCUAACUUAUUGAGAAAACAUGAUGUUAAAAAAUCUCCCACAAAAUUAAAAAGAGAAUUGGAUUCACAAUUUAACCUAUCAUAUGGUAAAGAGGAUUCUUCCUCCAUCGAUAACGUGAAAAAUCUAACAGAAGAACAAGAUGGAACCAUAAGGAUAUUCACCAGCCCCUAUCUGUGA